GGAUUCCCUGGGAAUGGCUUCACUCAUAGGUGUUACUACAGCACGGGGGACCAGCACUGGGGCAGGCGUUUUAAGAACUUGAAUAUUGGAUAUAUUCAGCCGGCAUAUUCAACAGCACUGAACAGCAUUUAUUACUGUGCCAGAGGGCACCCUGCGUCUGCGUCUUGCCUCUUAAAUGUCUCGUGGGGUGUUGCUGUAGUGGAGGGCACCACCACCUCAGGAUCUGCAGACACUAACUCGGCCAGUUGACCACCAUGCCUCGUCGCUCGAAGCCGAGCUGGAGCCCGAUCUGGCUCACCUGUGUCCUCGUGGGCCUCACGGCUGCACACGCUCACGCCAAAGAUGUCCUUACUGUUCCCCAGGAGGUGAGCCUGUCAGCUGACAUGUCUACACAGCAACUGUCCAUAUCCUGGCUGGGAGGAGCAGCUGCAGCCUUCGACCUCAUUAUUCUGAGAACUGAACUCAAUGAAACUGUCUUCUACGAGACGGUGUCCGUGAUGGUGAAUCAGGAGAGCGGACGGCACCAGUGGAACUGGACCUCAGUCGAACCUCUGCAGUGCACAUCGCUGUCCAUCAGAAUCCGCUCAAGAGACGGACAGGCGACAAGUGACUGGAGCAACACUCAGAUACUUCAAGGAAGCGAUCUCCCCAGCAAUGCGAAGUCCCAGAUGUACCCCCAGGACAAAAUCAGACCCGUGGGGGCCAGCACCACCUUCUGUUGCAUUGUGGGGGAGGGGAAGCUGUUCGGCAACAUCAAAUACAGCAAAACGGCCAUGAACGAGACGCGACUAAGUCGGCGCAGUUACGCCGUCACGGCUGUGAACCAGGGACUGUCCGGCAGGACAGGAACCAACGUCAUCUGUUCCGACAACACAGAUUACUUACUGGACGGAACGGUGGUGUUUGUCGGAUACCCACCACUGCCCAGGGACUUGGUGUGCGUGACUCGCGACUUGACCUCAGCUGUGUGCAAGUGGACCGAAGGACGAGGCACAAACCUGUACCGCAAACGGGGAACACGCUACUCGCUGAACAACAGGAACUGCACUGUGAGCAACACGGAGGAGAAGCAGACAGAGUGCAGUGUGGCCCAGUGGGAGGGUAACUGGACGCUGGUGGCCGUGAAUCCUCUCGGCCGACACGUGCUCACUGACUCCGCUGAGCUCGGCCACAGAGUGUUUCCAGUAGCACCAGAGAACCUGAACUCGACUGUCCGUGCCUGGAACGCCACUCUGUGGUGGCGGUGGAAGUACGACAGGUAUUCCUCUCUGGCUCUUGUCUGCCAGGUUGAGCUCACCUCCCAAGGGUACAAAACAAAGCGUAACUUCUCCGGUCUGGGCCUGCGGUCGGUGUUCCUGUCAGACCUAAACCCCGACGAGGAUUACAAGGUUCAAGUCCGCUGCGGUGCCCAGCAGAAUUUCUGGAGUUGGGGGAGUUGGAGCGAGCCGCUCUCCUUCAAAACCAACACUUAUGUUCCAGAUUCUCUUGAUGUGUGGAUGUGGAUGAACAAAGACCACACCGGGCAGGUCAUUUGGAAGCCUCUGACACGAAGACAGAGCCAUGGUCCGAUCAGAGGUUAUGAAGUUACCGAGGAAAAUCAACAGCCCAAACUGUAUCCGCCGGAUACGUUUUCCGUACCAAUCAACCUCACAAAGAUCGCAACCGCCGGCGGCGACAACAAGGUCACGGCAACUGUCAUUGUGAAGAACGACGCUGGGGUGUCUCAACCUGCAAGUGUACAUAUACCACUACGUCUGACAGAUGUGGAGCCCCAUUCCGUGUCCAGGGCCGUCUAUACGGGCCGAGGCUUCCCUCUGUACUGGCAGCGCGACGACAAUGCCACGUGUGCUUAUGUGGUAGAAUGGUACGAAUCCUUCUGCAGGUGGGACUGCACUGUGGGGUGGAUCAAGGUGGCCGCCGGAAACACCAACGUCUCCGUUGAGUCAGCCGACUUCCUGCCGGGUGUGAGGUACAACAUUUCCCUGUACAGUAGCACCUCGGAGGCACCAGAGUUGCUGCAGCGCUGGCAGGGAUACAUGCAGGAGCUGGUCCCCUCUGUUUCUGUCACCCUGUCAACCACCCAGCAGGACUCCGACAUCCUCCUGACCUGGGGAGAGAUCCCGCUGGUCAACAGAAGAGGCUUCCUCCUGGGCUACAACAUUUACGUCAGUCGGGGCUCCCAGCUCAUGCUUCUAGCCAAUGUGCCGGACCUAGGAAGCAGGAGCCACACAGUCAAAGGUCUCUCUGAAGACUCCUAUAAGUUUACUGUCAAGGCCUACACUUCAGCAGGCGAGGACACAGGCGCCACUGCCUCCAUAAUGCUGGAGCCAUACACUGAUUGGCUGAUACUAGAAAUCUUGGCUUCCCUGGGAAUCACAGCCGUAUUCCUGGUCAUCGUCACCUUCGUUUGCUACAAGAAAAGGAAAUGGGUGAAGAAGGCGUUCUAUCCAGACAUACCCGAGCCCAAGCUGCCUGGUGGUUGGUCCAGGUCACAGGGGCCGCUGGAUGUCAAGCCGUCCCCCAACAGUUUGGUCCACAUGGUGGAGAGGCCCGAGUGGGAUUCUAGCAAAGAGGCGCUCGUCGUCAUUCCCGAAGAGGACGAGGAUGAGGACGGGCAGGGAUUCGGAGACGAGCCAGCGGACACCGAUGAGCCAGCAUCGUUGCGUUACUACAACCACGUGGUGGAUGAGCGGCCCAUACGGCCACGUUUCCCAGACUCCUCGGCUUCUUCCGCGUCCUCUUUGGAUUCGGCACGCACGGAUGUGACCUACACAGGCAUCCAGACCUCAGGGUCUUCCUUAGUCUUCCUGCAGGAUUCCGAGGGCCACCAACCCCAGGCUGAUCUGUCCUUCUGUGGAGGAGGAGGAGGAGGAGGAGGAGGAAGAGGAGGAGGAGGUGGUGGUUACCGGCCCCAGAUGCAAUCUAGAGCUCUAAGUGACGACACGGGACUAGCUUCACCUGAGCCUUUCUUUGAGCCCGAGGCUGCCAGUGCCGGGGGCUACAAACCCCAGAGCUCCUGGCAUUUGGACUCCCCCGUGGAGGCCGAGGAGAGCGUCGGCCUGGUCCCCUCUCUCGGGUCCCCCACCUCAGUGGCUUCCACUCAGUUCCUCCUCCCUGACGGAGAUGAGAGGCGACAGCCGUCAUCGUCGGCGGCGACUUGGUUCAGCAACCUGCUAUCAUCCACUAAACCAUGAUGUCAUUUCCUGCUCACUACUAGCAGUCAGACUCCCCGCCCCCCCGAUAUAGCACUACAUUCUUACAGUUGCUUCGAAAGCAGCUUAAUAAUAUUUACGGUGCUUAUUCCCAACAUACAGAAAUCUAUUUGAUUUUCUCCGCAAAUAUCAUAGAUCAAAACCAGUAUAUUUAUAUAUCAAAACAUUUCUAUUCUGACGACAAAUCUCUGACUUCAAACCUCUUUUCAACCCGAAUGUAUCGCACCCCCUGGUGACGCGUCGGCUGUUGCGUCCCCUGACUCCCUGUGAUGGGCAUUUAGCAACGACAUAUCCUGUGUGUCAGGUGACUGCACACGGUUUUUAUCUCGUAUAUAUCAGAUGCUUUUUUAUUUUUUUGUCAACGUGAACUUCACAACGCUACAGACACUUUUGUUUUUAAAAGGAGAACACCACAAACGAACAGUUUCGGUGGAAGAUAGCAAAGCAGACAGAUAACCGACGUUCACAGUAUGCAUGUCUUCUGCUGGUCCGCCAUCGGGGAUAACCUUGCCUGUGUUAUCACAGCUGAUGAGCUACUGAAAGGAAAAGAAGAUUUUAAAGGUCUGUAUAGGUGGCACUCUCCUGGAUCAACACCAAAGUAGCUCCCAUCAUUACAGACGUGAUCUAUUUUUCACGAAACACAGUGAGAUGUCAAUUGAAAGAUAUAUUUGUGAAUAUGAGCAGUGGUUAUUUUACACAGCUGUCUGGAAUUGUGUGGAUAUAUAUAUAUACACUGAUAUAAGCUAGAACAUGAAUACAAACUGAUGUAAUCACAUUAGCAAACACACUAUUAUGUUACUUUUGGGUGUUUUUUGUCGUUAUUUCUUCGCUUUACCAGUAGUGGUUUUGUGCAGUAUAAUUUUUUUUUCUUGUUUAGGAAUACAUUUCAGUCAGGCCAGUGUCCUCUUUUUAAUGUUGCUAUGUGUCGUGCGUCAUCCUGAAGUUGGUAUUGAACAAAGUAUGAGAAUUCACUUGGCUGGGUAAUUACAGUGUUAGAUUGCCUUGAUCAACGUAAUGCUUCCAGACAUUUGAACCAUGUCACCUUUUCACACACGGCCUUGCUCCUAAAUGUUUAUGUGUCAUGAAAAAAACGAAUAUAUUACAAUAACGCAGAUCAGAAAUGUAUUUUAUUGGACUGGCACUUAGCGAGCGCUGACAUUUCUAAAUGUCAAUUACAUUAUAUUUGUGUGCUUGAAUGUUUAGUUUUACAAUACAUUUAAUGUUUUGUCCCCCCCCCCCCCCCCUUAUUUCAUUUGCAAAUUUUCUCCUGAAGCUUCCUUGUACAGGACUAUUAAUAGAGAAUUUCCAGCAAUGCUAUCACUUCGCCUUUGUUUGUUUUUUGACAGAAAUGUGUAGAAAUGACCGUGUGAAUAUUGGUCGCUUGACAGCACUUUGGCAUCUCCAUUACGGUGUAAAACGCAGGCCACUAAUUGCCAAAGUAGACUCUGCAUACUCCAUUUGCUCUCCGCUCGUGUGCACGGUGCGGGUGUUUAAGGACGCACCGUUGGCUCGGCUUCCCAAAAGCAUCAUCCUUUUUGACUUUGUAAGCCAGCGGUAACCAGGAUGUUUAUUUUCUGAGGGGUUUUCAGAGCCAGGGCCCUUGCUGGCCUGUGUGGCAGCCUGUGGUUGUUAUUGUUUCUCAGUGCCUCCAGACAACAAGCUUUAAGUAAAAACUACUGUGACAGGAAUGACGACUAACUUUCAUGGCUUCACUGAUGAACUGAUGACAGGCAGCAGUCCUCCUUGACUACUGAGGAAGAUGAAUGAGCGGGUUGACGGAAUGAUUCACCUUUUCGGAAAGCGUGAACCAACCAGCGAGAUCAGGGGUCACUUCCAGGCCGUGGUGAAGCCUGCAGAUUGUUUUCCUUUGCAGCCUGCUUCCUGAAACGAGCACGGCUUCGGAGAGUAACUUAUGAACGCUAUGUGUUACAUGCUUCUAUGUUGAUUUGAAUCAACAAACCUUUUUCUAUUUUUUUUUCUCCUCAAAAACUUUUUUUUGUUCAUUCUUUACAGCGAACUGUACAGGAGUGUCGUUUUUUCUUUAAUUUUCUUCCUUCUACAAAAUGACAUUCAACAGGCGGUCAGUGUGGAGUGACCAGCUUUCUCCAGAGAAUAAAGGCGAAUGUUUGGUGUUGGCAACACCAGAGACACAUGUAGAGACCUCCGAAAUGUGGAGGCGUCACACUUUCACUCUGUCUUUGCUGUGUACUUUAACAGAUCGAAAAACCGUGUAAACUGAAAUUCUAGCUGCGAUCCCGUGUUCUCAUCGUAGUUUAUCCUGCUUUGCAUCCUCACGCCACCGCUGCAGUGUCACCUUUACCAGACACAUUGUAAGAAGAACUAGUCGUCAGGCUCAUACGUGGCAACUGCCGACAUGUUAUUUCCCUAACCCCUUUUUUCUUUUCUUCGUCGAUCCAUUGUCCAUUCAGAGUUCAUGUUUACUCUGUAGAACAUAACAGUUCUGUGCUUGUGUAUUACAGCAGUCUACAGUUACCUACACAUCUUGAUCUCUCUCUGAUUUGAUGUUUUUUACAAAUCGAGAUGCAUGUUGUAUAAAAAUACCACUAAGAGAACAGUGGCUCGUAAAUCCUUUAAACGCCAUGUUUACGUUAGCCUAUAGCUUUAAAACACUAACACAGACUAAUGUUGUGCAUGGUAACACGACUAAAGCAUUG